CAGCCCAGCCUGCAUCUUCAUCAAAGCGGGAAAAGUAUUAACAAGUUUGGCGGCGGUGGUGCAACUUCGAGCUCGUCCUCGUCUGGAUCAGCACCAGCAGGAUUGUCUUCACCUUUCGUCUCUUCGCACGGCCAGUACGAACAGCCUGUGGAUGUAUCGACCAUGAAGAGUUUGGAUCUGGUACUGGAAAAGCUGGAGAGGGACAUCCGGUUUUUGUUUCAGUUUUUGUUCGAGCAAAACCAAUUCGCGCUCGAUCAAGACCACGCGGCAAGCAGUGUAGUAGUAACUCCUUCUGGUGGACAACAAGAGCCACAGCAUGUUCUUGCUUCAAGCUCUGGUGUAGUUUCUGGGUCUGGCUCUUCGAAAGCAGCUGCGAGGAUUGGCUCCUCAUCUAGGAGCUGCGGUGGGAAUGAUCAUUCCGGGUCGUCUUUGUCUGCUGUGGCUGGUACAGCAAAUACCUAUGCGGAUUUCUCGCAGGAUGUCCGCAGUUGGAAACAGAAGAAUUUUGCUGUGCAACAAAAUGCACCCUCUGGCGUUGCUUUUUCUGCUGGUACAUCGCAAGCACCGCAGCAGCAAUUCCACGGCCAGGUAGUGGACGAUCACACGACGGCCGCGCAAAGUGCGUUUAAUACUUCUCUAGCGCCGCAGAAGUUUCUGCUACUCAGGCAUUUACAGUCGUACCGAGACAAAGUGCUCUCCGUGUUGCUGUAUGCCAAGCUGUACGAGCAGGCGGUGUUGUUGUUUGACCUGAAGGUCGAGCAGCAGUGGGUCGACCCCGUCAUGCACGGGUUGCAACAGAAAAUCCUGUCCUACAAAAACAAGCACGGCGUCGUUUUAGACAAACUGAGGAUCCGGUGUGACAACGCGGAGGGCGCUUCUGCUUCGGCAUCUCCACCUUCUUCAGGGAGGAGCAACAAUUCAUCGUCCCUUCAUAUCAACAUAGCUGCGGACUGUAGUGUGUCUCUUCCCUCAUUCCUGCAGCAUUGUGCGACUGCAGGAAAUAAUGCCGCCGGUAAAGAUAACUUCAGCAGUGGGGCGAUGUUCAGUUGUACUCCGGCUGCACGCGGCGGUGCCACAGCUUCAGGCGACAUCUACGACGACGAGAAUCAUUCUGAGGAACAUCAUCCAGCAGAAGAAAGCUCCUUCGAGCUGCACACCGAAGACAAGAGUUUGAACGCAACGAUGAACAGUACUGCUAAACUGGUGAACAACUACAGCAAAACAGAGAUGAAACCGCAGAUGAUGAACAAAAUGAGAAUUAUGAAUUCUUCGACAAAGCUCCCCGAGUUUCCUUCGUUUCUGGUGUCUCUUCUGAAGCAGUGCGCCUUACUGGACAAGAAGCUGCGCACCGAGCAUCUGGGCAACACCACCAUGUCGUUCGAUAGGCACACGAGCAUCGCCGCCGCCGACCUGCGGAAGGAGGCGGCGUUUUUCUUCCAAAAGGCCGAAAAGUUGGAGCUGGAACUUCAGGACUUGAAGGCGCGAAGGCUCCUGGUCAAUGGCGGAGGUGGAGCAGGAGCAUCUCCGACCCGUGCUGGCGCGGUGUUAUUGAGUGGAAUUGCAACGACGUCUGCAUCAAGAAGUCCUCAUGCUGGCAGUGGUACAACAAGAAAUAACACUAACCAGACCACCCAACGAGGAGGCCGCUUCCAGCCGCUAAGUAAUAGUGCAAAAGGUCUAUCACAACCACCAAAAAAUGAUGAAAUGCAAAGGGAGCUGCCUCUGCCCCCGGAUACUGAAGGGCAUCUUGGACGAGAAUUGUCUUCUGGUUUCGAUCAUCUGCCGGAUACUAUGAACCAGGCGAGCACCAGGGAAAACAAAUUCGCUGCUGCGAUUGAGAAAUCAGAACUACAGCAGCAGAUCGCGGACCUGCAGCAGAAAAACAACGAGCUGACCGUGAAAAGCAACAACUUCCGGCAAGCGAAUGCGGUGCUGGAGGAGAAGGUGGACUUCGUGUACCAGCUGAAGGACGCGAUUGAGCACUCGCAAGGCAAACUGGACUCCAUCUUGCAAGACACGUCGCUCCUGGCCAAGGUGUUUCGCAAUUGCGUGGAGGAGAGCAAGGAACUGAAAAAGUGCCUGCUCGACCUGGAGGUGAAGUUUACGCAGUCGGAACAGGAAAAGUCGCGGCUGCAGGAAAAGAACCACAAGCUGGAAGGCGACCUGGCUUACCAAAAAGCACUGCUGUUCCGCAUCACGGCGGCGAAGCUUUCGGGAGACCAGCCGCAGGUGCGGGGUCGAUGCAGCGAGCAGGGGUCGUAGCUAGGAGCUCACUUUUGACGACCACGGAGGGGUUCGUUGUGAUCCACCGAACUCAUCAUCUCCAGCUUGUGCCUCAUGCCGUUUUCCUUGCAAAAAGGGAUGCAGCAUGUGACUGGCAGGAGCGGUGUGUAAGUGCAAAACUUACCUGCAAGAAGUUGUUGAACCGGAGGUAAAAAACGCGAUGAAAGUCAAGUACCU